AUGUUGAUACUUGGGACUGCAAUUGCCAUAGGGGCUAUAGCCGCUGACAAACACAAGAGAAAGAAGAAGCUUAAGAAUAUGAGUGCUGAAGAAAGGCAAGAAUUUGAACGAUACGAGAGAGCGCAACACCAGCAACACCAGCAACACCAGCAACCAAUGUCACAAAGCGGAUACUCACAAAGAAUGCAACAGCAUCAUUACCCACAACAGUACCAGCAGUACUCCUCAAAAACACCCCUGGAGAAGGAGAAUCGUCAAGACACGGGGUAUUACUCUCAACCACCCCACACCAAUGGAUCGGAGAGGAUGAAAUACAAUCGGGGAGGAAGUGCUGCGAGCAGGCAGGACCAAAUAGCAGCAGCAGCAGCAGCAGCAGGAGCUGUACCAUCACCACCACCACCGCCUUCUGCAUUACGAAGAGCGGGCAAGGAAAGACCUAGGGUUCAGCAGCAUGUGCAAUCGAUGGUUGCAGAUAAUGACGUGUCUGACCCUCCACCAAAGUACACCCCUUGA